AUGGAGCCUGAAAUAAUAAUCGCCUCAUCUCCGACUGACGCCGGCGUCAGCUGCUGGGACCUCCGCACCGGGGCGGAGCACCUCCGCUACAGGUCAUGCGCCUCACCGCUGCACGGUCUCACCUCCGUGGCCGGCCGCUUCCUCGCUUCUUCUCAAGUCCGAGACGCCAAGUCUUCUACUUCUGGCUCCAUUCUCUACUGGUCGUGGAACAAGGCUCAGGUUGAAGUGAGGAGCUUCCCAGCCGAGCCUAUUAGGCCGAUUGCGUGUAACAGCCAAGGAACUUAUAUUGCGGGAGGAGGCAUUUCUGGAGAUAUCUACUUUUGGGAGGUUGCGACUGGAAAAUUGCUUAAGAAGUGGCAUGCGCAUUACAGGGCUGUUACUUGCUUGGCUUUUAACGAUGACCAAUCCCUCUUGAUUUCAGGGGCGGAGGAUGGAUGUGUUCGUGUUUGGUCGUUGUUCCUGAUAUUUGAUGCGGUUAGGAGGGAAGAAACGAGGAAUCUUUUCGAGUAUAGUUUCCACGAGCAUUCUUUGAGAGUCACCGAUGUAAAAACUGGCUAUGGUGGGUGUAAUGCAAUCAUCGUGUCUGCUUCCGAGGAUCGUACAUGCAAGGUGUGGAGCUUAUCGAGAGGAAAAUUGUUAAGAAAUGUUCUCUUCCCUGGAGCAAUAGAUGCAAUUUCCCUUGACCCCGGGGAGCAUGUUUUCUAUGCAGGUGGUAGAGAUGGUAAGAUACACAUUGCUGCCCUAAACGCUCCAAUGAGCCAAAACAGCAACAAUGGACCGCAUGUACUUGGUUCACUAGCUGAGCACAGCAAAGCUGUAACCUGCUUGGCUUCUAGUGCUGAUGGAUUUCUAUUAGUUUCUGGAUCUGAGGAUGGUAUGAUUAGGGUGUGGGAUACAAGAACUCGAAACAUCAUCCGUGUCUUUAGGCAUGCAAAAGGUCCAGUUAAUAAUGUUAUGGUCACCAGACAACCACAAUUGCUUAAUCCUCGGACAUCUGCUCCGACUGCUUCAUCAAGGAAGCAAGCAUUAACAUUACCUCCUCCGCUCGAAAAAUUUGCCAAUUCACCUGAUGAGAACACCCAUGUUAAAGUACUCAUUGGGGGCCAGGACCCUUCCAAUGGAAUCACAGACUCUUCUUACGUCAGUGUUCAAGCAAUGGAGGCUCAAAUUCGAGAACUACAGCAAAAGGGAUCGACUGCAGCUGCAGAAGUGGAUGUGGAACGACUGAAAAACGACCAACUACGAUCCGUGCAAAUGAUCCAACAUUGGAAGACGAUGUACGAUGAUCUGCAUCAAUUCUGUGUUGACGAACUUCUGGAAGAUGUUCGUACUGAAAGACCUACUCAUCACAAUCAGUGAGACGACGAUUCUGGUAACCUGGAAGAGUUAGGAUCAUUCUACUAUUUGCUUCUUUGGUCUUGAUUAGUUGGAGGAUUAUUUACACAUACAAAAAUGGUGAUCCCUACAAGGUUUUGUAGUACUUUGAGAAAUUGAAUUUUGUAUCACUUAUGCAAUAUUAAUAUUUUGGUAUUUACGUCAA